CUCAUCAAACAAUUCAUAUUAGUUUCAUUUAACUCCCUUUUCACUUUCACUUACUUUUCAGAUGCGUUUUAUCCCGAAGAGGAGUUAGAAGAUUUUGAUGAGGGGAAUCCCGAUCGGGGAAUGUAUGACAAUGAAAUCACUCCUGAUAUGUGGCAAGAGGCAUGCUGGAUAGUCAUCAGCAGUUAUUUCGAAGAGAAAGGUCUAGUCAGACAGCAGCUGGAUUCAUUUGAUGAGUUUAUUCAAACUUCUAUACAAAAAAUUGUUGAGGAUUCCCCAACAAUUGAGCUGCAAGCAGAGGCUCAGCACACCGGUGGUGUCCUUGAAACUCCUGUACAAUAUAGACUUCGGUUUGAGCAAAUAUAUCUCAGCAGAGCUACUCACUGGGAAAAAGAUGGUGCUUCUGUUCCUAUGACUCCAAACGAUGCCCGGUUAAGAAACUUGACGUACGCCGCACCUUUAUAUGUAGAUGUAACGAAGAAGAUCAUUCGGGAUGACGGCGAAGAAGAAAAACAGCUUGAUAAGAAGUUCAUUGGAAAAAUCCCCAUAAUGUUACGUUCUACAUACUGUAUGCUCUCUGUUAUGAGUGAUCGUGACUUAGCAGAGCUGAAUGAGUGCCCCUUAGACCCAGGUGGUUAUUUCAUUAUCAAUGGUUCGGAAAAGGUCUUGAUUGCUCAAGAAAAAAUGGCCACAAACACUGUUUACGUUUUUCGUCAGAAGGAUAGUAAAUAUGCAUUCAAAACAGAAAUUCGGUCCGUUUUGGAACACAGUUCUCGACCAGCAAGUACCCUGUGGAUUAACAUGAUGGCGCGUGGGGGUAAAGAUGGCAGUAAAAGGGCAACAGUCGGCCAGCGUAUUGUCGCGAUAUUACCCUACAUCAAACAAGAAAUUCCUGUUUUAAUUGUGUUCCGUGCCCUUGGAUUCGUGGCCGAUCGUGAUAUAUUAGAGCAUAUCAUAUAUGACUUUGACGAUACGGAGAUGCGUGAAAUGAUCAAACCUUCCUUAGAUGAUGCUUUUGUAAUCCAAGAGCAAAAAGUGGCUUUGAACUUCAUCGGAUCGAGAGGAGCUAGACCUGGUGUAACCAAGGAAAAACGUAUCAAGUACGCCAAGGAAAUUCUACAAAAGGAAACGCUUCCUCAUGUUGGUGUGUCCGACUUUUGUGAAACUCGUAAAGCUUAUUUCUUGGGCUACAUGGUGCAUCGCCUCUUACUAGCUGCUUUAAAACGACGAGAUGUAGAUGACAGAGAUCACUACGGGAACAAACGGUUAGAUUUAGCUGGACCGCUACUAGCGUUUCUGUUUCGUGGUUUAUUCAGAAACUUGACGAAGGAGAUUCGGCUGUACGCCCAGAAGAUCAUUGAUAAGGGCAAGGAUUUCAAUCUGGAGUUAGCCAUACGAAGCCAAAUAAUCACAGAUGGUCUCAAAUACUCCCUUGCAACAGGGAAUUGGGGUGAUCAAAAGAAGGCGAAUCAGGCCAGACCUGGUGUCUCGCAAGUCUUGAACCGAUUGACAUUUUUGCACAAUACUUUGUGGGGUAUGAUUUGCCCUGCUGAGACCCCAGAAGGGAGCGCUGUGGGGCUCGUGAAGAACUUGGCUCUGAUGGCUUACAUCUCUGUCGGCAGCCAACCUUCGCCUAUUCUUGAGUUUCUCGAGGAAUGGAGCAUGGAAAACUUGGAGGAAAUUGCCUCUUCAGCCAUCGGGAAGACUUGUAAGAUAUUCGUCAACGGCUGUUGGGUGGGAAUUCAUAACUCCCCUGACCACCUUAUGGGUACUCUGAGGAAACUUCGUCGUCAAGUGGAUGUCAUUGUCAGUGAGGUCAGUAUAGUUCGUGAUUAUCGAGAUCAAGAAAUUCGUAUAUACACUGAUGCCGGCCGCAUCUGUCGUCCCCUGGUCAUCGUUGAAAAAGGAAAACUUCUUCUCAAACGCAGCCACAUUGAAUUUCUGAAGGACAAGGCCCACAAUCGCUACAGCUGGCAAGAUUUGGUCCUCAGUGGUGUUGUGGAGUAUAUAGACACAUUGGAAGAAGAAACAGUGAUGAUUGCCAUGGGCCCAGCUGAAAUGCAAGCGGCCGUUCAGUACUGUAAAACUCACACCCAUUGUGAGAUUCAUCCAAGCAUGAUCUUGGGUAUUUGUGCCAGUAUUAUCCCGUUUCCCGAUCACAAUCAAUCACCCAGAAACACUUACCAAAGCGCUAUGGGUAAACAAGCCAUGGGUGUCUACAUCAGUAAUUUCCACACGCGAAUGGAAACCUUGGCUAAUGUGCUUUAUUAUCCUCAAAAACCCCUAGUGGCAACGCGAUCGAUGGAAUAUCUGCGGUUCCGUGAAUUACCAGCUGGUAUCAAUGCGAUUGUAGCUAUUGCCACCUACACAGGCUAUAACCAGGAAGAUUCUGUGAUUCUUAACGAAACAGCUAUUCAACGGGGCUUCUUCCGAUCUGAAUUUUAUCGAACGUACAAAGAUCAAGAAUCCCGCUACGGUAUGGAUCAAGAGGAAGUUUUUGAGAAACCAAAUCCUCAACAGUGUCAAGGCAUGCGCCACGCCAUCUACGAUAAGUUAGAUGACGACGGCCUGAUUGCUCCAGGCACUCGUGUAUCUGGAGAUGAUGUUUUGAUCGGAAAAACUAUCACCUUACCGGAAAAUGAAGAUGAGCUUGAAGGUGGGCAACGACGCUACACCAAGAGAGAUGCUAGUGUGUUCAUGCGCCGGAGCGAGUAUGGCAUUGUGGAUCAAGUUAUGGUUACGUGGAACAACGAAGGAAACAAAUUUUGCAAAGUUCGCGUCCGAACUACGAAAACACCUCAGGUCGGAGACAAGUUUGCCAGUCGACACGGCCAGAAAGGUACUUGUGGUAUUCGGUACCGACAGGAGGACAUGCCGUUUACGUGUGAAGGAAUCACCCCUGACAUCAUUAUCAACCCACACGCCAUUCCAAGUCGUAUGACAAUCGGUCACUUGAUCGAAUGCCUUCAGGGUAAAGUCAGUGCAAACAAGGGUGAAAUCGGUGAUGCCACACCGUUUAAUGAUGCCGUAAACGUGCGGAAAAUCUCACUACUUCUUCAAGAAUAUGGUUACCAGCACACCGGAAACGAGAUAAUGUACAAUGGUUUUACCGGGCGCAAAUUGAACUCUCAAAUCUUCCUUGGCCCAACUUAUUAUCAACGAUUGAAACAUAUGGUGGAUGACAAAAUCCAUAGUCGUUCUCGAGGUCCCGUCCAAAUUCUAAAUCGACAGCCGAUGGAAGGACGUAGUCGUGAUGGUGGUCUUCGAUUCGGUGAAAUGGAACGGGAUUGCCAAAUUGCUCACGGAGCGGCGCAGUUUUUGCGUGAACGACUCUUCUUUGCCAGUGAUCCUUAUCAGGUUUACGUGUGCAAUCUUUGCGGUCUGAUUGCAGUCGCUCAUCAGCGCAACAAGACUUUUGAGUGUCGCAGUUGUAAGAAUACCACUCAGAUCUCGUUGGUAAAACUGCCGUAUGCGUGCAAGUUGCUAUUCCAAGAACUGAUGUCCAUGUCAAUCGCACCUCGUAUGAUGGUCACUGGCCCGGCCUCCCACUAA